UUCGUUAUGACGGUCAGAUGCGCCCGAGAUCUCGUUACUCCUGACGAGAGUUGUCUUGCCGGGAUGAGAACAAUGGGGACGCGGCAUGAUUGACUUGGGAAAAUUAAUCUUACUUGGGAAUAUGGAAAACGUAUCGAAUAUUUCACAUAACGGACAUGUGAUGGAACAGUUGCCGGCAUUGUAAACAUUUUGAACUUCCUUCGCGUCACAGUGAUGUGCCAAUUUGAUGCCAGAGAAUUGUUUGAUACUCUCUCCCAAACGCCGGAAUAGGCAUGUCGGUUCGGUCUUCAACUGUAAUAGGGUGUUUUUGCUGAUGGUGUCUGGGUUUAGUCAAUACUGACUUUAGAAUGGAUUUUCUCACGGAAUAAAAGAUUGCUUCGACUUGCGAAAAUAUCUGGAAAAAGCUAAUUAUCACGAUUCUCGGAAGUUUUGGGGGAUAAAUGUAAACUGUACCGACUCGGUAAAACUGAUGUUAUAUUCAUACGGAGAUGUUUUCGUAGCAACAAAUGACAAGCCUCACGCUCUGGCCGAUAAAAGCAUAUGAUUUGAGCUGGAGCCAGGAUUAGUCGGUAAUAAAAUCGCCCGUGACUGCGGGAUUACGUUUUUGUAGCGGCUUAUAUAGUUCACUUAUAUGACGGCAGUUAUGGAAAUUUGACAAAAGUUUGCUGUGCACACGCGACCGUUUCAGUAUGCUAUCUCUGGGCUGACGACGAUUCGCUCAACCAACCUAGCAACUGUGAACAUAUAAUCAGGGACUCAUCAUAUCAAGGCUGGACUUACACUGACCGGAACAACCCACGUAUCGAUACUGACCAAAACAGAGCGGCUGUAUCGAAUUAUCGACUUUCAUAUCAAAGCUCUGAACACGGGACUUUUUCAUUGCGGGGCAGCUAUAUAUUCACGUGCAGUGCUAGCACCAACGUCAAAACAAUCGCACGCGGCUCGGGGCUAGAAAUGUGAUACACUCUCACUUGGAAAAACGGAGGCCGACAGAAGUCGAUGUUGAGCUAAUUGGAGAGGGUUUGAUAAAGGCACGGGGAUCUAACGCUGUGACGAAAGGGGGAUACCAGAUCGCUUCGCCGACAUCGACAACAGUUGCCACUAUGGGCAGGCAGUGGAUCUCGCUAAGCGUGUUGUUCAUAGCGUGUACAUUUCAACUGGCUGAUGUAGCAGUGGGAGAGUCCUGUCCCCGGCGUGAGUUGACCAACAGAGUAUGCAGGAAGGAAUGCUCCAUGACCAAACCUUGCCUCAGUCCCAAGAAGAAGUGUAUGUGUGAUGGAGCGUGUGGCAAGACGUGUGUUAAUCCGAAUCUGCGCUGUGAGGAUCUUCGCGAUAUUCCUCAUGGACGUGUAGAGAUCAUCCCCUUCAAUCAGUUCGGCGCUGUUGCCAAGUACAUCUGCGACGAUGGGUACACACUGUUCGGAGUUCCGGGGCGGGUGUGUCAAGGUGACGAGACCUGGAGUAAAGAGGAACCCCGCUGUGGACCGACCAAGGUGAUAGACGAGAAAAAUGAGUGCGGUCUCCCCCCACGGGUCCACAACGCCAAGCACAAGCCCAGCGUCCCGGGACGGAUGACGUACCCCCUGGGUAGCAUGCUUCAGUAUGAAUGCGAGGACGGCUUCACGGCCAGGAAGGAGCGGGUGGACAGGGCAUGGUGCGUGGGAGGGGGUGUCUGGGUCGGGCCCAACAUGACCUGUGCUCAAGACGCUGGCUGCCCGCUUCUCCCGGAGAUAGAGCAUGGAUCUGUCCAGAUCCUGUCCAACACCAUCGACGGCCGGGCGCGCUACUACUGCGACCAGGGCUACCACCUCGCCGGCAGGGAGGAGAGGGUGUGUCUCCCCGACGGACAAUGGGACGGCAAAGACCCCACGUGUGAGGAAGUGGUCUGCGGCCUCCCCCCGAACGUGGAUCACGCCACACACGACGCCCCAACCGACCAGAUGCAGUUCCCCGCCGGCACCCAGCUGACCUACACGUGCGAGUUCGGCUACUACAGGGAGGGGAUCCCUAGGGCGGUGUGCAGCGGGGCCGAGGGGCAGUGGAUUGGACCUAAGAUGUCUUGCAAAGCCAGGGACUGUGGUUCGCCAGGAGAACUCGUUAAUGGCUGGCGUAACCCUGGUUACCGCUUCACAUUUCCCAGUCGGGUUACCUACCAUUGUAACGAGGGAUAUGAACUGGUGGGCAAAGGUUUCCGAGAAUGCCAGGCGAACGGUGAUUGGUCAGGAUCAUUGCCCACAUGUAAUCCUAUCAACUGUAACGAGCUGGGCGCGCCUCUUCACGGCACCAUGAUUGGCUCGGGAACAGAGUACGGCAUCGUCAUCAGAUUUGUCUGCAACGACGGGUUCAAGGUCGUCGGAUCUAAUGACCGACGCUGCCAGUCUGACCGGGAGUGGAGUGGUCAAGAGGCCACGUGUGAAGAAAUCAACUGUGGGAUGCCUGGUCCUUUGUGGAACGGCUACCUCGACGGACACAGAACUACCGUCGGGGCAGUGUACUUCUACAGAUGUAACACACGGACCAAGUUUGAUGGAGUGUCCUUCUCAACCCAAUGUCUGGAAACUGGACAGUGGUCACAUCCGGCUCCGAAAUGUCUAGGUCAGUGCCGGGUCAGCUCAAUCAAGAACGGUACUCUGCAAGUGGGACAUGAAGGUGCGUGGGUGGACGACGGCACAAUAGUGAACUACACCUGCAACUACGGCCUCGUCCUCAACGACACCCGCCCCGUCAGAUGCAACAACGGGUCGUGGUCUGUAGUGCCACAGUGCGUGCCAUCACCGUGUGUUAAACCCCCGCCUCAUAUACAGAAUGGACACCGGGUGUUCUUCGGACUGAGCCACAAUAAUAAAGCCCGAUACUUCUGUAUGGAAGGUUUCCGACUCACGGGCGACAACCAGUAUCUCACCUGUAAAUACGGAGAGUGGUUUGGUCCGAUGCCGUAUUGUGAAGAAAACUAUUGCCCAAACCCAGGGGAGAUUAUAAAUGGUAAAGUCUUCAAGAAAGGGCACACGGGCAAGUUUCUCUUCAAAAGUUACAUCAUCACAAUAAAACAUGGCGACCGUCUGGAGUAUGAAUGCCACCGAGGUUACAAACUCCAAGGUCCUAAAGGCGCUGCGUGUGUUAACGGGAAGUGGAGCCCGGAUGAAAAGCCGAAGUGUGUAAAAUCUAGACAUCCCAUCUUUCAUCGUCUGUGGCGACCAUCCGAGGAGAAGGAUAAGCGCCGAAUGUGAAGGUCAUAGCUUCACCUUGCCUUACUAGUUCCGGUUGUGACAUUUGCGGAUGAAACGAACACCGUUUGUACAUAUGAGUUAUCUCCCCUACAAUUGAAAUAUUUUCAGCAUUUUGAAACGGAUACAUUUCAUUUGACUGUUGGACAAUUUGAAGUUCUUAUGCAAACGAAGUAUUAUUUCUUUAUUGCUAUCACUGGAUGAGUCAUUGGUUAGAAAGAAUUUGAGAGGCAAGAGAUUUUUUGGUCAGAUGAAACAUGGUGUUUCUCAUUAACCAAUCCCAUCCUGAUGUUUGGUUCCAGUUCCAUUUUUACUGUUAUUUACCAUUCCGACGUCUCUAUUUUUAUGGAAUCUUUCCCGAUAAAGGCGUAUCUGCAAU